AUGAUUAUUGAAGAUGAAAACUAUGAUAUCUGUGAAGCUAUUAGAGAAGAACUUUUUCUAAAUUUGAAAUCUGUCAAAAAGGAUAAUACCCAGAAAUUUAAGUUUGCAUCGCCUGUAGACAAAAAGAAGGUGAAAUUGGAUAUUCUUGCAAUCCAAGCUGCACUUGCUGAAACCAGUAUUGAAUCAGUAGCUAACGCUAAAGGAAAGCAAAAGAAAAGUGAGGAAAAAACUCCUGAAAAGAAGACUACAAGGGUGACUCGAAGCGCCCUAAGCAAAAAGGAACAAGGACCCAAAAUAACUGAGACAAAGGAAAGUGUACCAAAGAAGAGGAGAAAUGGGAAAUUAAUUUUGCAAUCAGAAUCUAAGGGAACAGAGUCUGAUGAAGAACCUAAGAAAGUGAAAGCAACUGGCAGAAUGUCAAAAAAGGCAAAGGUAGUACCAAAGGUAACUACACCUCUAGAAAUUGCCUCCUACAAACCUGAAACCAUGUUUGAAAGAAUGAAAAUGUUGGGAAGGAAUAAGUUUGAAAAUGUUAAAGAAUAUUAUGACUCUUUUUCUAAAGAUGAGCAGAAGCAAAUACACCAACAGCUUCUUAAUGGAAAAAGAGCAAUUAUUGAGACAAAAACUCAUCAAUUGGCCUAUCAAAUCAAACAAAGGAUAGAUGCCCUCCAAUCUAUCGCUAAGGAUGAAUUUGCAGAUGAUGUUUCUCUACUCGAAUUGGACAUAGAGGAAAUUGACCCAGCUAACAUAGUCUUCUCAAAUGAGAAGAAGGAUGACUUAGUUAUUCAUAUUGAUGAGGACAUUGAGGAUUUAGUAGACCUAUCGGAAGAAAUUACUGCACCUAAAAUGGAUCUUCCUUCAAUCAUAGAAGUACAAAAUACAACAGAUAAUCAACCAGCUACUCAAACAGAGGAAGUCCAUAUACCGGUAACUAAACAACAAGAGAAACCUCAACCGCCAAAUGAAAAACUGGAGAAACCCAAAUCUCCACCGGCCAUUGAGAUCACUCAAAAGGAGACCACUAAGGAAGCUGUUACACAGAAGGAAGAAGAUAAAAUGGAAGCAAAUACAGAAAGAGCCAUCAGUAAGUGCAUGUCCUCUGACAAGGGAAAGGAAAAACUGCGUGGAGAAGCGGCGGCCAUGGAUGGUGACGCUUAUUUUUUUAAUGCCACGGUGGGGGUUUGGAGUUUCGCGUAG